AACGCACCACACCAAACGCAACCAACAAGGACAUGAGCAGUCGAGAUCAUCAUCGCCGCCGCAGUCGCAGUCGCAGUCCCCGUCGGAGUAGUUCGCACCGUCGCGACAGCAAGGAAGACAAGUACGGCUCAUCUCGCGCGUCGAGUAGUCGCGACACGCCUCGGCGCGAGUCCUCCCGUGAAUACAGUGACCACCAUCGUUCGUCUCGUCGGACUAGCCCUACAAGCAGCAGUCGUCGUGAGUCGUCCUCGCGCUCGACCCCAUCGACGUUGUCGAACGUGUCCACGCCAUCCACAUGGAUCGAGAAGCCGUCGCCAGCGCCGUCGAGUACGCGAUCAGGACUGGGGUUGAACGAGAGUGAUUGGGAAGAACCCGAGCGGCUGCAUUCGUCUGGACAACCAUCCAAGUCGGAUUGGGACGCUCCAACGCCGUCACCCAUGCGCUCUACAUCGUCAACACCCAGCCGCAACACCCCUUCCUCGACCACCGUGCGCGCGACUGACCUCAUGGCGAAAGAGACGCGCCAUCACUUGGGCCGCGGCGACCUCGCCAAGAAAUCCUACGACGACGACGACGAAGAACGCUUCGAUCGGCAGUUUUACAUGGACGACGAGCUCCCCCACGACGCGUUCGUCGGCAACGAGGCCAAAUUUCAACAGAUGGAGGACGACAUGGUCCGCAAACGGCAGCGAGGGGAACUGAAAACGCGCGGGAAAUCCGCGCGCGCGUCGGCAUUGAACCAGGACCAGGACGCAUGGGAAACGAACCGACUGAUGACCAGUGGGGUCAUGGCAACCACCGAAGUGGACACGGAGUUCGACGACGAACUUGAUGCGCGCGUCCAGAUUAUGGUGCAUAAUACCAAGCCGCCGUUUCUAGACGGCCGCGUGUCGUUCACAACGCAGGUGGAGAUGGUGGCUACAGUCAAAGACGCAACAUCCGACCUGGCUGUAUGUGCGCGCAAAGGCAGUGAGUUGCUGCGCGAAGUUCGAGAGCAGCGCGAACGUUCUAAGAUGCGCAAGCGAUUCUGGGAGCUGGGCGGGUCCCGCAUGGGAGACGUGAUGGGCAUCGCCGCGCCAGACACGAACGUGGACGAGGAUGGCAACGCGCUGCCGCCGGCCGCCGAUUCCACCAAUGAAGAGGAUGUCGACUACAAGAAUGAAUCGCAGUUCUCGACCCAUAUGAAGAAGAAGAUCGAGGCGGUGAGCGAGUUUGCAAAAUCGCACACGAUAGCCGAGCAGCGGCGAUACCUUCCCAUCUUCCAGUGCCGCAGCGAACUCAUGCAAGUGAUCCGAGACAAUCAAAUUGUGGUCAUUGUUGGCGAAACUGGCAGUGGCAAGACCACGCAAUUGACUCAAUACCUCCACGAAGACGGGUACUCCCAAUAUGGGACCAUUGGGUGCACCCAGCCCCGUCGUGUGGCGGCCAUGUCGGUGGCCCAGCGAGUGAGCGAGGAAAUGGCAGUCAACCUCGGCGACGAAUGCGGGUAUGCCAUCCGGUUUGAAGACUUGACUUGUGAUAAGACGAUCAUCAAGUACAUGACGGAAGGCGUGCUCUUGCGCGAGUCGCUGCGGGAAGCCGACUUGGACACGUACUCGGCCGUGAUUAUGGACGAAGCGCACGAGCGCGCGCUCAACACGGACGUCCUUUUUGGGAUCUUGCGCAAGGUGGUGCAGCGGCGUCGUGAUUUCAAGCUGAUUGUGACCAGUGCGACGCUAGACGCGGAGAAGUUUGCGUCUUUCUUUGGGGGAGUUCCUCUGUUUACGAUUCCCGGGCGCACGUUCAAAGUCGACACAAUGUACGCCAAGUCCCCGGCCGAAGACUACGUGGACGCAGCCGUGAAGCAAGUGAUGACAAUCCACCUGAGUCACCCGAAAGGCGACAUUUUGGUGUUUAUGACUGGCCAGGAAGACAUUGAAGCCACGUGUUAUGUGCUCGCGGAGCGCAUGGGCCGCGUGGACGGCGCGCCGCCGCUCAUGGUGCUGCCCAUGUACUCGCAGCUGCCAGCCGACCUCCAAGCUAAGAUCUUUGAUGCCAGCGAUAUCCGCAAAUGCAUCGUCUCGACUAAUAUUGCCGAAACCAGCUUGACCGUGGACGGCAUUCGGUAUGUGAUUGACGCUGGGUUUUGCAAGAUCAAAGUAUACAACCCUAAAAUCGGCAUGGACGCGCUGCAGAUCACCCCCGUGUCACAGCAAAAUGCCAACCAGCGCGCUGGGCGUGCCGGCCGCACAGGACCAGGCGUGUGCUACCGCCUCUACACGGAGCGCCAGUUUUGCAAUGAAAUGAUGGAUGCCCAAGUGCCAGAGAUCCAGCGCACCAACUUGGGGUACAUCGUGCUGCUGCUCAAGUCGCUGGGCGUCAAGAACUUGCUCGAGUUCGACUUUAUGGACCCGCCUCCACAAGACAAUAUCACCAACUCCAUGUACCAGCUGUGGGUACUGGGGGCGCUAGAUAACACGGGCGAGCUCACAGAUAUGGGCAAGCGGAUGAUUACGUUUCCGCUGGAUCCGCCGUUGGCCAAGAUGCUCCUGUUUUCAGAAUCGCUCAAGUGCACGGCCGAAGUGCUGAUCGUUGUAUCCAUGCUCAGUGUACCCAGCGUGUUUUUCCGCCCAAAAGACAGAGAGGAAGAGUCGGACGCGGCGCGCGAGAAAUUUUUUGUACCAGAAAGCGACCACCUCACGCUUCUCAAUGUGUAUAAAAUGUGGGAGGCCAACAACUACUCGCAAGCGUGGGCAAAUGACCACUAUAUCCACUCGAAAGGGAUGCGCAAGGCGCGCGAAGUUCGCGAACAGCUCGUGGACAUCAUGAAGCAGCAAAAGAUGCCGCUCACGACGUGCGGGACCCACUGGGACGUGGUCCGCAAGGCGAUUUGCUCGGCGUAUUUCUACAACUCUGCCCAAAUUAAAGGGAUUGGCGAGUAUGUCAACAUGCUUACGGGCAUGCCGUGCAACUUGCACCCGAGUUCGUCGCUGUUUGGACUCGGGUACACCCCCGACUUUGUCGUGUACCACGAACUGAUUUACACGACCAAGGAAUACAUGCAAUGCGCUACGUCUGUGGAAGGCGAGUGGCUGGCAGAGCUAGGCCCAAUGUUCUUUAGUGUUAAGGAGAGCUACAAGUCGCGACUGCUCAAGCGCGCCAAGGAGCGCCACGAGCGCGCGGACAUGGAGCAUGAGAUGGCCAUGCAGAGCGAGAAGGACCAGUUCGCCAUCGAACAAGAGCAACGCCAGGCGAAGAAAGCCAAACUGGCCCUUAAAAAUUCCAUGGUCACGCCCGGGCGAAGCAACAAGCAUGCCAAGACACCACUCCGGACGCCGUUGCGCUAUGGGUUUUAACCAACCCCGUUCGUCAUACAUUGGUUGAAGGAUUUACUUCACAUGUUGUGAAGAACUAACAGUAAAACAAAUCAAAUUUCGAGAGGUUUCGCACGG